UCAACUAUAUACUUCUUUCAAAAAAAAUAAAAUAAAAUAAAACUAAACUACAUACCGAUUUUAUUCGAUCUAAUCAACAUAACAACACUUUUAUUAAUUCAUUUUAUACUCAAUUUGAUUAAAAUUCGACCUGAAAAUAUUCAAUUACCUGACUUGGUGUUGACCUUAUCUAAAAUUCGACCUGAAAAAAAUCCAAUUACUAGACUUGGUGUUGACCUUAACUAAACCCAAAGUUGACUCAAAUCGACUUUACCCGGUACUUAGCUAUCUAAACCGAAUUGUGAUCAACACAUUAUUUAUUCAAAACCAAUAAAUCCCAAUGAUUGAAGAUCUAAAUUCAAUCUAACUCUAGUUCAAAAAAAAUUCGAUCUAACUCGAAACUUCUAAAACCAUUUUUAUAUCCAAAACUACUCACGACCCGAUUUAACCCGGCCCAAAACUAUGGUGCCCGAAUUAACAUCAUGUCAUUAAUCUUCCUCAAAUGGUUUCGUUUUUAUUUCAUACCUAACUAUUCAAUUUUAUGCAGCAACACUCCUUCUCUUCUUUCUCCUCCAUUGAAGCGUACUCUAAAAUCUGCAUUGAAGCAUCUUCUGAGCUUUCUCUCCACCAUUGAUAUAUCUUCUGAGUCUUUACAGAGUAUUAAGUUAUGGAAAAAUCCAAUAAAGAUUGGAUUGAUGCACCCCAAAUUUCCGAAGAGUAAAUCAAAGGAGUUGAGAAUUUUCUUGAUUUUGCAUUUCUAAAUUCAACCAUGGACGUUGAGGAAGAUGAUGAACCAGAAAUUUUAUGCCCAUGUACGAAGUGUGUUAAUAGAUACUGGUUCCCUAGAGAAGUGGUAUAUAAUCACUUAAUUGCUCAUAGAUUUAACAAGAGGUAUAAAGUGUGGAAUUUUCAUGGCAAAGGAUUGACAACAGGGUCUUCUUUAAGCGGAGGCGGGCAUCAACGUGAUAAUCAAAACACAUUAGACAAUAUGGGUGAAAUGAUUAAUGAUUUAUUCAGAGAUGUUAUGGGAGGUUCAAUCUCCGAAGCAGAAGGGGUUCACAAGGGUCCUGAUGAGAGUGCUAAAAAGUUUUAUAAACUGUUAGAAGAUGCAAAAGAGGAAUUAUAUCCAGGUUUUAAGGAUUUUUCAGUGCUUUCAUACACAGUGCGACUAUAUCUCCUUAAAUGCCUUAAUGGGUGGAACAAUUCUUCUUUCGAUGAGUUGAUGAAGCUUCAGUGUGCUGCCUUUCCAUUUGCAAAGCUCCCUACUUCUUUUCAUCAUGCUAAAAAAAUGGUGAAGAACCUUAGACUUGAUUACAAACGAAUUGAUGCGUGUCCCAAUGAUUGUAUGUUGUACUGGAAAGAGCGUGCAAAUGACAAGUCUUGCCAUGUUUGUAAAGCUUCUAGGUGGAAACUAAAUGAGAAACAAAAAGAGGAAGGUGCACUACCCGACGAAGGAGUUCCUGCAAAAGUUUUGCGUUACUUUCCUCUGAAACCUCGUCUACAAAGGUUGUUCAUGUGCUCUAAGACGGCUGAACUCAUGACAUGGCAUGAAACUGAUCGUAAGAAAGAUGACAAAUUAAGGCACCCUGCUGAUUGACAAGCUUGGAAAGAUUUCGAUAUUACACAUCCUCAAUUUGCAAGUGAUUUUCGAAAUGUGAGGCUUGGUCUUACGACUGAUGGUUUCAACCCUUUCAGAACUAUGAGUGUGUCAUAUAGCAUUUGGCCAGUCGUUUUAUCCAUUUAUAAUUUGCCUCCUUGGUUGUAUAAUAAGUCUGAGUAUAAUAUCAUGUCUUUGAUUAUACCUGGUCCAUCUUCUCCAGGUUAUGAUAUAGAUGUGUAUUUGCAACCAUUAAUCGAGGAAUUGAAGGAGUUAUGGGAAGUUGGAGUCGACACUUAUGAUGUUGUGAAAGAUGAAACAUUUUCUUUAAGGGCAGCCUUGUUAUGGACAAUUAGUGACUUCCCUGCUUAUGCAAUGUUGUCGGGAUGGAGCACAAAAGGAAAAUUUUCUUGCCCGAAUUGUAAUCAUAAGACUUGGUCCAAAUACCUGAAGUAUAGUAAGAAAAUGUGUUACAUGGGGCAUCGUAGCUCUUUGAAAGAAAAUCAUCCAUGGCGUCGUAAUAAAAGAGCUUUUGAUGGUAAUGUAGAGACAAGGCCUCCUCCUACUAGAUUGUCGGGUUGUGAUGUAUUGGAAGAUUUAGAAGGGUUUGAAAAUAAGUUUGGGAAAACUCAAAAGAAGGGCAGGAAGAAUUUUCCUUGGAAGAAGAAAUCAAUUUUCUUUGAGCUUCCUUAUUGGGAAACAAAUACCUUGCGUCAUAAUCUUGAUGUAAUGCACAUUGAGAAAAAUAUUUGUGACAGUGUGCUUGGUACUUUGCUUGAUAUUCCAGGAAAGACUAAGGACCAUGUGGCAGCCCGCUUUGAUUUACAAGAUAUGGGUAUAAGAAAUGAACUCCAUCCAAAGAGAACUAAUAAUAGAGGGAAGCGUUUAUACUCCAAAGCUUGUUUUUCGUUAUCUUCUAAUGAAAAAGACUUGUUCUGCAGUGUGAUAAAAGGUGCUAAGUUUCCUGAUGGUUGUGCAUCAAACAUCUCCAGAUGUGUCCAAUCCAAUGAGCGGAAGGUCACUGGUUACAAGAGCCAUGAUGCCCACUUUAUGCUUCAUUAUUUGCUCCAAGUUGCUGUAAAGAAUACCUUGCCUAAACAAGUAGCAUCGACUUUGAUUAGGCUAGGUUCCUUUUUUAGGGGUCUUUGUAGAAAAGUUCUAAAGCCUAAAGAUCUUGACGAUCUUAAAUCCGAAAUCAUAGAGAUACUUUGCCUACUUGAGAAGAUAUUCCCCCCAAGUUUCUUUGACAUAAUGGUCCACCUUCCACUUCAUCUUGUUGAUGAGGUAAGGCUUGGGGGCCCUGUUCAAGGCCGUUGGAUGUAUCCAAAAGAGCGUUAUUUGGGUAAAUUGAAGUCAUAUGUGAAAAAUAGAAGUCAACCGGAAGGCUCCAUUGCAGAGGCCUACUUGGCAGAAGAAUGCCUUGUGUUUUGUUCUCGGUAUCUUCACGAUGAUUUUAGUUCAAAGUUGAAUCGAGCUCCUAGAAAUGAUGAUGAUACUGCAUCCAAUGAAGAUGAAAGCCUUUUUCCAAAUGUUGGACGGCCUUUAGGGGUAAAAAAGAAAAGUAAAGGCAAAAAGGUUUCUUUAGAUGAAGACACUUUGAUGAAAGCUCAUCGCUAUGUACUCUUUAAUUGUGAUGAAAUCAGUGAUUACAUAAGUGAACAUCAAGAUUUAGUGAAUCGUCAAAGAAGUCAAGGUACACGGAGUAAGCGGAGUAGGUGGGCGAGAGCACAAGAACAUAGUCAUGAUAUUGGAGCAUGGUUCAAGGACCGUGUACGGGAAGAAAAUAUUUCCAAAGAAAUCAAGGCUUUAUCCCAAGGGCCUGACUAUACUAUGAGAAGUUUUAAAGGGUACCUAAUAAAUGGUAACAAAUUUCAUACAACUGCACAUGAGUCAAAAAGGAAAACUCAAUGUAGUGGAGUUAGUGUAACAUCUUCAAUGUCGAGUUUUGCAAGUUCUAGGGAUCAAAAUCCUGUUGUAGGGGACGUCAAAUAUUAUGGCGUGGUGGAGGAUAUUAUUGAGUUAGAUUAUUUUGGACAUUUUAAAGUGGUAUUGUUUCGCUGUAAAUGGUUCCAAGUGGAGCAAGAUGAGUUUGGGCUAACAUGUGCAAAUUUUAAAAGUUUUUGCUAUACUAAUGACCCUUUUGUGAUUGCUAAUCAAGUAAACCAAGUUUUUUAUGUGCAAGAUUCCAAGGAAAAGCAUUUGCAUUAUGUUAUGGAAACUAUCCCCGGAGACUUCUUUGAUAUGAGUGAAGAAUCAGAUGGUGAUGUUGGAGUUUCUUAUUGGAAUGAAUCUACUAGCGAUGGUGCUCACCCAGGGGCAACUAUUGAUGAUGACUAUGAUGUUAGUUGGUUGAGAGAGGACUUGCUUGCCACUACUGUCGACGUUCCAGAAUACAUGUUAGAUAUGCAAGCAGAGCCGGAAAUUGAUGAUUCGGAUGAUGAAAUCGAGGACGAUACUUUAUGGGAUUUCAUGCAAGCAAGUGAAGAUGAAGCUUAGGAAAUAUUAUUGGUCCUUUCUAGUAUUCUUUUUUUUUUAGUGUACUAUGAAGUAAUAAAAGCUUAUGGAUUUUAGCUUAAACAGUUUUUAUUUGGUUUGACUGCAAAAAUGUUUUUGUUUUAAUGAUCAAACGUGUCUUUUUUUUUGGGAUUAUUUGUUAAUCUGUUGAUGCUUGAUUAGUAAUAGUUGAAGAUAUCAUAUUGUCAUAGGGAUAUGGUUGAAUAUUGAGAAAUGAUUGUGCAACAAUGAGGUAUGAUGAGUUUUUGGUAUGGUUUCUUAUUAUCUUUCAAAGGAAAGGAUUACAUAGACUGUUUUUGCACUUAUACACCUUUGCUGGUUACUGAAGCUACUUUCAUUUUAUCCAGAUACGUUAGUCUUCUACAGCAGGUCCCAGCCACGUAACUGAUAUAACAAGAGAGUUUUAUUUAAUAGGCUAUUAAAGAGGAUGCCAAUGAUAUAAUUUCUAUUGGUAGUGAUCAAGCCUUGAUGAGGAACUUGAAAAUUCUUUGCCUUAAGGGAACACUAGCUCCGGAACUUCACCAACUGCUACACAUAAAGUCUAUCAUAUUAAGGAACAAUUCCUUUUCUGGAUUCAUACCUGAAGAAUAUAGAAAUUUGAAAGAGUUGGAGUUGCUAGACUUGGGUUACAAUAGAUUUUGCGAACCAAUUCCACACAAAAUUGAACAAAACAUCCCAAACCUUUUAUUAAACAACAAUGGAUCAUCCUGCCACGUCUCUUGAUGUAGAAGAUACAACGCUUCUUGAGGUUCAUGAAGAUAAGAGCCAGCUGAGUAAUUAUCUUGAAGUAUACCACAUCCUAGGUAAUGUGGGACAUUACACAUGACUGUAGGGAAGAUUUACAGGUUACUUAUUAGCAAUACGUCUACAAGAGAAUUUCUCUGGCUACAUGUUAAAGCAUUAAGCCCUUGCAUUAAUAUUCCUCUUAAAUGAAACUGUUUAGCUUAGAAAUGAUCGAGAUUAAAGGAUGUGCUUCUUUGAGGGUAAAAUGUCGUUUUCUUUGGUGAAGUCUUGAUGACAACUUGCUCUUAACCUUAGGCAAAAUGAUCAUGCAGAAGAGGUUGUACAUUCAAGGAUACUACAGGAGCGACUUUGAAGUGAAGCUCAUGGUUCUGAGCAACUAUUUACACCUGAUGAGGCACGUGCAGGUGGUGAAGCUAAUCAUGAUCAUUCUGAUGCAUCUCCAGAUGGAAAGAUCCUACCACUUCUUAGCCUUUCGCUCAAGUUUUGUGUGUAUUUAAGAAUUUUAUCAUUCCUGUUAUAUGAUUUCAUUCAACAAUGAAUUGCAUGUGAUAUGUAGAUUUGUAGCUUGAUUUUACAAUUCUCAUAUUAGUUUUUGAUUGAGAGUUUGAUUUGUGAAGUUUUAGGAUCAAUUUGCUUUUGUUUUAUGGGUUUUAGUUUGAUUAUCUUAAUUUGCUAUUCAAUGUUUGAGCUUUAUCAGCUUGAUAAUGCAUAUUGAUAAGCAGCAGGGAGCAACCAGCUGCCACCAGCAGGCGACUACAUCCAGCCAGCAGCUAGCCACAGGCAACAGGCAGCAGCAGUAGCUAGCCACAGGCAACAGGCAGCAGCAUGUAGAUGUUGGAAUAAUAUCAGUUCUUGCUUAAAUCAGCAGAAGAAGAGGUGCUGAUAUGUGGGUGGCGUCUGAUAAGUGCUGGUCUUGUAACAACCGAGUUUUCGUCCCAAUCAGCAAGCAGCCAACCACAAGCAGCAGCUAGCUGCCACCAACAGGCAAUCGCCAUCAGCACCAGCUAGCUUCUAGCAGUAGGCAGUCGGAACAAUCCCUUCACAUCAAUCAGGAAUAUGAUUGAUGUGAAGGGAUUGUAGAGUACAGAUAACCUGGAAUGAUUUUCAUAUUUACCCUAAAAGCAAUUAAAGAUGCCACACAAUACUGCCACCAAGGGAGGAAGAGGCUAUCAGCCUAUUUUGCUAUAGCAAGAAGAUGAAUAAUGUAAUCAAAAGAAAGAAGUUGCAGUUUGUGAAGAGUUCUUGAAAACAUUUGACAGUCAUUUGAACUGGCAGGAGACUUUAAUGAUACUUGAGUUACUCACAUUCUGUUUGAAUCACUAGCACAUUUUUUCUCUGAAUAUGAUUAGAUUUGUGUUCUAAUUUGAUUUUAAGAAGUGCCUACUAAUGGCCUGCUGCUACCUUGUUGUACUACUGCUACCCGCCUUCGCGCCUUCUACAUUGCGCUGCUGCUGCACAUUAUUAUUGUCUUUUUUUUCCUAUUUUUUUUUUUUUUACAUAGCAGCCAGUUUUUUGUAAUUCUUUUUAUUUUUAAAUUAUUUGUAUGGUAUAAUUAACAUCAAAUUCUACUUGUAUGAAAAUAGUAACUUUUACAUAUAUAUUCUAUUUUCUA